CCUCCGCCCCCUCCCCAGCUCCUUCUCCAUCCUCAGGUCCAAGAUGGCGACGGCGGCGGCUCCUCCGGCUCCAUCCCCGCCCGCCCCACCGCCGGCGGGGCCCUGCUGCCCGGGCUCCUGGCCCAACUUCGCCGUCGUCUGCUCCUUCCUCGAACGCUACGGGGCCUUGCUGGACCUGCCCGAGCUGCCCUUUCCCGAGCUGGAGCGCGUCCUGCAGCCGCCGCAGGAGCCCGGAGAGCAGGUUCCAAAAGAAUUGGUGGAGCUUCACUUGAAACUGAUGAGAAAGAUUGGGAAAUCUGUCACGGCAGACAGAUGGGAAAAAUAUUUGAUCAAGAUAUGUCAAGAAUUCAACAGCACUUGGGCUUGGGAGAUGGAAAAAAAAGGAUACCUAGAAAUGAGUGUUGAAUGCAAACUGGGGAUUCUGAAGUAUCUCUGUGAAUGUCAGUUUGAUGACAAUCUAAAGUUCAAGAAUAUAAUUAAUGAGGAGGAUGCCGAUGCCAUGCGUCUUCAGCCCAUUGGUCGAGACAAGGAUGGCCUGAUGUAUUGGUAUCAGCUGGAUCAAGAGCAUAAUGUCAGGAUGUACAUAGAAGAGCAGGAUGACCAGGAUGGAUCCACAUGGAAGUGCAUUGUUAGAAACCGCAAUGAGCUUGCCGAGACCCUUGAGCUCUUGAAAGCACAAAUUGAUCCUGCCCUGUUGAAACCCAACAAUUCUCAGCAGGAGAAUUCAUCAUGUGAAAGCCCAAGCGUAGAAGAUGAAGACACCAAAAAGGGUGAAGAAGCAUCGACACAAGAAAAUCAAUUAAAAAUCAAAGAAGAAAAAGAGGAGGCGGAGGAACAGUCAGUGGAAUUGGAAAGCCUUCUUCCUCCUGUGGUCAGAGAAGACGAAAAUGUGGUGAAAACUGAGAACGCGGAAGAAAAAGAAAUUAUAAAAUUGCCAGUAAUUGUAAAAUUAGAGAAACCUUCAGAAUACAAUGAAGAAAAGCAAACUAUCAAAGAAGAAAGUGACUCCUUUAAGGAAAACGUCAAGCCUGUUAAAGCAGAGGUUAAGGAAAACAAAAUAGAAUCAAAAGACUUAAAAGAAGUAAAAAGUUGUACAGACAAAAUAGUGGGUCAUGAACCAGAGAGGUUAGAAUUUUGUGUUAAUGUCAAAACUCCCCAAGACAGCGUGGAGAAAACUGUGGAAGAAAGCGAGAAACUUAAGAAUGACCAGCAGGCAAAAAUACCGCUUAAGAAGCGAGAGAUCAAGCUGACGGAUGACUAUGACAGUCCGAUAAAGGGUCCCCUGUGUAAAUGUGUUACUCCAACAAAGGAUGUCUUGAAGGAAGAAGGGAAACCAGAAGAAGAGGCUUUUAAGAGAGUCCCUACAAUUACUGCCUUAUGUCCUGAUGGGAAAGUGCUAGUAAAUGGAGAAGUUAGCUGUGAAAAAAUAACCCCAAGUGUCAUACAAAAUAAUAAGUCAGAGCAUUCUGCUAGCACAAAGGAAGAAAGCAGCUCAUUAAAAGAGAGAAAUGGGAAAAGUGGAGAAAAGACAUCAGACUCCCUGAAUUCUGUUAGUAAAAUUAUAAAAACUUGUGAGGCUGAGAAGAAUGCAGUGACUGUGGUGAAAGAGACAGGGGCUGUGAUCUCUGAAGUUUCAAGUCAGAAAGUGCCUUUAAAGGAGGAAUCUAGUCCUGUGGAAAAAGACUCCCUUGACAGCACAACUACUGAAAUGGUAGUAGAAGAGUCUUCAAAUUCUGAAGACUGUGAUAAAACUGAAGAUAAAGUAGCCAUGAAAAUCAAAAAGGACAGACUACCGCCACCCAAAGAAUGCUUAGAGAUGCUAGAGAAGUCCACAAAUGCAUCUGCUCCUGCAGAACUACCCAAGCUUGCACUGUCUGAUGAAGACACUUCGAAAAGUAAAGGGGAGCCUGAGGCAAAACCUGACUCUCAAAAAAAUGCUGAGGUCCCCCCUGCGUCGCCUUCUCCCACUACUUUGGAGAAGCCAGUUUUGGAAAAGAAGGGCUCUGAUACUAAAAUGGCUCUACCAGAGGAGAGCAAAGUAGAAGAAAAAUCCAGCUGUGAAAAACAAGAGGAAGAGAUUGAAGCUGCCAAGACGGAGCCAGAUCAAUCAGAUGAUGCCCUUGCUUCUAGUCUAGAGGACUCUUCAGAGAAUAAAAAGGAAUUGCCACUAGCUAAAAGCAAAUUUAAAUAUAAGCUAGUUUCUGAAGGAGAAAGCUGUGCAACAGAUAAUAAAGAAAUAACUUCUGAAAGACAGAAAGAAGGAAUUAAAUUAACAAUCAGGAUCUCCAGUCGGAAGAGAAAGGCAGAAACGCCACCAGAAGAGGUCAGCGUUGGCCGCACAUUAAGGCGAUCUCCAAGAAUAUCCAAGCCUACUCCAAAAGUUGUGGAGACUCGGGAUCAGAAACCUGACAAAAAGCGACCUGAAGAGGAAGAGGAGAAACCUGCAGCAGCACAAAAAACAGAACGAAAAGAAGAUGCAAAAAAACAAGAGAAGGAGGCAAAUUCUAAGGUUAACAAGAGAAGCAAAGUUCGGUGGACGGGUACGCGAACACGUGGCAGGUGGAAAUACUCAAGUAAUGAAGAAAGUGAAGACUCAGGGAGUGAAAAAAACUCUGAUGAGGAGGAAGAGGAAGAAGAGGAAGAAGAAGAAGCUGCACCUGCUGAUGACGAUGAGCCGUGCAAGAAGUGUGGCCUUCCCAAUCACCCUGAACUGAUUUUGUUGUGUGACUCCUGUGACAGUGGGUACCACACAGCCUGCCUUCGCCCUCCUUUGAUGAUAAUCCCUGAUGGAGAGUGGUUCUGCCCACCUUGCCAGCAUAAAUUACUCUGUGAGAAAUUAGAAGAACAAUUACAAGAUCUGGAUGUUGUCUUAAAAAAGAAGGAACGUGCAGAACGCAGAAAAGAGCGUUUGGUGUAUGUGGGUAUCAGUAUUGAGAACAUCAUUCCACCUCAGGAGCCAGAAAUACCUGAAGGUCAGGAAGAAAAGAAGAAAGAUUCCAAAAAGCCAAAAUCAAAGCUGCUUGAAAGGAGAUCUACCAGAACCCGAAAGUGCAUAAGCUACAGGUUUGAUGAAUUUGAUGAAGCAAUUGAUGAGGCAAUUGAAGAUGAUAUCAAGGAGGCUGAUGGAGGAGGCAUUGGCAGAGGCAAAGACAUGUCUAAUAUCACAGGUCACCGUGGAAAAGACAUUUCCACAAUCCUAGAGGAAGAAAGAAAAGAAAACAAGCGACCGCAAAGGGCUGCUGCAGCACGACGCAAGAAACGACGGCGACUAAAUGACUUGGACAGUGAUAGUAACCUGGAUGAAGAAGAGAGUGAGGAUGAAUUCAAGAUCAGUGAUGGAUCUCAGGAUGAGUUUGUUAUAUCAGAGGAAAAUCUGGAUGAAAGUGAAGAUGACCCACCAUCAAACGAAGACAGUGAUUCAGAGUUCUGUGCCCGCAUAUCCAGGCGACACUUGUCCAGGCCCAUGAGGCAAAGCAGGCGGUUACGAAGGAAAACAGUCAAGAAAAAAUACUCAGAAGAUGAUGAAGAUGAAGAUUCUGAAGACAAUUCAAGCAGAGAAUCUGAGAGUGGUUACACAGAUUACAGUGAUGAUGAUUACCUGGAAACUAGGAGGAGAAGGUCAAGACGGAAUCAGAAGAGACAAGUUAAUUAUAAGGAAGAUUCAGAAAGUGAUGGCUCACAGAAAAGUGUCCGAUAUGGGAAGGAGUUAAGAAGAGUUCAUAAACGCAGGCUCUCCACUUCAGAUAGUGAAGUUUACACAUCAAAGAACUCUGAAGAUGAUGAAUCCACAAAGGAGUCAAAGCGAUUGAUUAGAAAACGUCGUCGAAGUACAGACGACUACUCUGAAGAAGAAGGAGAUGAAGAAGAUGAGGGGAGGCCUGUCCGCAAACGGCUGAAUCACGAAACAGAUGAAGAAGAUAACUGCGAAAAUGCUAAUGACGAUGCAGAAAACCCCACUCCUGCAAAUAAGCUGCCAGCACCACAAGCUCCUCAAGACAAUGCCAAGAAGCACUGUUACCGGAUAGAAAGCGAUGAUGAAGAUGACUUUGAUAACGUAGGGAAAGUAGAGAGCCCUUUGGACUACAGCCUGGUGGAUUUGCCUUCCACCAAUGGACAGAGCCCAGGUAAAACCAUUGAGAACUUGAGCAAGCCAAGUGAGAAGACCCGCCCCAAGGACAGCACAGCCAGCGCCAGCCUGGCACCUAAUGCGGGUGGUGGGCAGGAAGCAGUAGGGCCAGAGGAGAUUGAAGAUGAACUUUUGAGAGUGACUGACCUUGUUGAUUACGUCGGUAACGUGAACAGUUAUAAGACUUCCAUUUUUGUGGCUAAUUUAUUCCACGGUAGCUCAUACCAGCGGGCCAGUAUUAAAAGCUGUUUUAUUUUUCUAGAAAAUUCUCCACUACAGUAUCACUUUUAGGAAGCAAGAAUUUCACCAGUCCCUGCAGUCUUUCUGUGAAGUGACCAGUUUGAACUUUGAAGAUGAAUUGCUGUAAAUUCCCUCUCUUACCCCUCCUUCUCCUUCCAAGUCCAUGGUCCUGGGUAAUUUCACUCACAAAAACCUUAUAACAACAAGAGAUUUGUAUAUUUUUGACUUUAUAUUUCCUGAGUGGAUACAAAUUUGUGGAAAUGGGUGGCCUAAGAAAGCAUUCCAAAUCGGUCAGGGCCCAAACCGGAACUGGUGGGUUUGGCUCAAGGGGUGGGGGUGGGUCGCAGAGCACUUGUGCUUUAGCUUUUUCAUAUGAGAUAUAUAUUAUAUUUAAAUGUUCACAACUUAGAUUACAACUUAACAGACAGUUUAAAAAAAAAUUAAUGUCUGUACUGUCGCAUUUUGUGGGUUGUAGGUUAACAUACCAUAGCUCAUUUUAGUAUUCACCUUCAUGGAAGCAGUUUGGUUUAAUACUGGAGGCAAACAGAAUUAUUAGAGGCCAAGAGGUACCAUAAACAAGAACUCUGCUAUCCAUUAUGACUUGCAGACUUUCCUAAUAAACAUCCUUUAAAGUGUUUGUACAGUAAAGUGUACUGUAAUGAAGUUUUUGGCAGUUGAAACACGCUAGCUGUCUCACGCGUAGUUCAUCAGACAGUCUUCGAUGCACGAUGCCUAGUGGGAGGACGGAUCAAUGUGAAGUUAGUCUGUGAGGUGGAUGGCAUCUUGACUUGCGGCAAGCUUUUACAGACAAAAGAACCCUACAGUAGCUGCCCAGCCACUCGAUUUCCACCAUCUGCUGGAGUAUUGUGAACGAGAUGUGUUUGUACAAACAGCGUUGACCACAGAAUGACAGUGCAUCAGAGGAUUGAGGGAUUUUCAAAUAAACCGUGACUGGUCCAUUCAUGUCCUUAAUAUCUACUUCAAAUUGAAGUAAACAAAUGAACAGUUUCCUUUUUGUAGGUUUUCUGUUUGCAGUUUGUGUGUAUUUUUUGUUUUGAUUUUACUUAUCUGCCUGGAUAUAUUAGCAGGUUUUGAAUGUAGUGUUGGCCUUUGGCCGUUAGAAUUUUCUUAAAAUACAUUUUAAUAAUUGUCCUGUGACCAACUGAUUUCAAGAAGGCAGUAUUUCUGAGAGAAACGCUUGACUCCAAGACAUCUCAUCAACUUUUGUAGUGGGCAUGAAGUGAUGUGUGCUUUCAUUCAAGGAAAGAAAAAAAGACGACAAAAGGAAAAAAAACACAAUAUGGGGCCAUAUAAGGAUGAGCAGAGCUGAAAUUUGUUUGGGGUAGCGUUUCAGUUUUCUCUUUACUCUGAAAUAAGAUGCAGACUGUAGCGAUUUGUCAUGUUGUAGCACACUUGACAGCUCAAACAGAUCUGCCAAACACUGAAAUCCCAAAAGGUCACAUCUAUUAAUCCUUUUGCUCUGAGAUUUGGAUUAUUGACUGGUGUUUAUGUCCAUUGCCGGCAAUGGAUGCACCAAAACUGCUGCUGCCACCAAGGAGUGAUUUCUCCUUUCCUGCCCCACCUGAUUCCCUUCCAUUAUAUUGUAUUUACUAGUCAGUCAUAAAGCACUUCUGUUUUCUUGUUAAUAAAACCCACAUUAGGCCUUUACUAAAUACCUCUCUAGAAAACCUAGAUCAAAAAUUUACCUGCCUUCUGGCUUUGAAAGUCUUGGUUUUGUUUCUCCACAUCUUUCUGCACAAGUUCUAUCAGAAUCACUCCAUGAUUCUUCCUCAUUUGGGUUCUAACAGUGCGCGUAUCCUGCUAUAAAGCAAAAAUAAUCGGAGCCACAAAAAGAUGGAACUCCUUCAUUAUCUGCUGUUCUAAGCAAGCUUGCGAUUUAAAAAAAUGAGAAACUGCUCUCUUUUUAAAUGAGAAUUUAAUUCUUUUAAACAUUAAGUAUUUUUCCACCUUGUUGAUGUUAAUUAUUAACAGUUUUCAUGAGCAGAUACUAAAACAGGGUAGUGAAAAGCUGCAGAAGUUUAGAAUGAGUUCUUGAAAAGUGUAUGUAGCAUUUUGAGCUACUCCAGUGGUUUUCUUUUGCCUAGUGAGGGGCAAUGCUUUGCAUUUCUAAUAUGCUUGUUUUUUAAAACAAGAAGGAACAUACUGCUUCUACUUUUUAAUGUUUAAUGAGCAUUUUAAAUAUUUGCAGUGUAAACUGUCUGCUUCACGUGCAGCAACACUUGCAACCAAUAGUUUCUCAUUUGCUUUGGCAGUGCCAUAAUCUUUUAUUGCUGCCUGAUGGAGCCUUUUAGUAUCUGAUCAGUGCUGUAGCAAACAUUCUUGCUUGGGGACUCAACCCCAAAUGUUAAAUACUUAAUGGGUAAUUGUGAAUAUAGGAAAAUAAAAGAGAGUUACAAUACUGAAUAUACCAACCAGGAAGAAAACAAGAGUAUUGAGUUAGGGAGUGAUAUAAAGCAGAAAGGCCAGGCAGCAGAAUCGGACCAUUGAAGCUUUACACCAGGAGUGUCAAAUUUAAAAAAUGCAGAAUGACAAGCUGUUACCAAGGUUUUCUUUUCUAUAGGUCACUUUAAAAAAAAAACAACUUAGAUUCUGUCUUUUAAGAAGUCACCUUUUGUACCUGCAACAGCUUCAUCCCUAGGAUCCAGAGUUCCCCCUUAUACCAGUGGAAAUGUUGUGCAAGUAAAAACUGCAAAAAAUGCCCUAGAAAGCCUUACUUGUUAUUUCUCUUGUUUCUAAGGCUUGCUGUUGGCUGGAAAAUGUACAGCCUCCUAUUUGGAAAGAUGCCAUUUUCUGAUACAAGGCCAGCUGACUGCCACACAGGGUUCGUGCUGUUAUAGUCUGUGUAUGUGAUUCCUGAGUGAAAAUGUCCUCCUGUUGUCCUUACAAUCUUGUGCUCUUUUGUACUUGUCAUGAGCUCAGAAGUUAAAUGUCUUUGUGUGGCUUUGGGCUAACAGAAAGCUCAAACCAUAUGAGAAAUGGAGUGAAAGAGAGCUGGCCAGCGAUUUCUUUUAAUGUAAUGGAUUUCAAAGUAAAAGAAGAAGCAGCUAUUGGCCAAACACAUAAAGUCUGUAUUCAGCAAACUCUUCUUUGUUCCACACAGGUUGUCACUAAGAGCUUUGUCUUUUUUAACUGCAGGCUUCAAAGUAUAACUGAUUGGGAAGAAAGUGAAUUGAAUCUAUGUGCAGUUUAGGUAGCACUGAGCCUAUAAAUCAAGUGGAGGAAUGGACAUUUUUGUGUCACCCAGAUAAAGGAUGGCUGUUUGCUUUCUUGCAUGCAGCUCAUGUGACCCAAAGUGCACAGCAGGUCUACUCUGUAACUAAUGAAUGUGGUGUGUUAAUCUAAUCAGAAGGGUGGUAGAAUUGAGAACUUGGUUUCACUGCAGUUGUCUUCUAGUUGUUGAGUCUUCUAAACCUGAGCUUUUUCUUGUUUUAAAAAUGGAUAACGACAUCACCAAACUACCAAAAAAAAUCACAUUGUGUUGAAAUCCUGUGGGAGGAUCAGUGCUGAACAAUCAACUCUGAUAGUUUGACUUUGUAAAUGUUGAAUUACAUUAUAAAAUUACUGUAUCUUCCUGAUUUUAUUUAAUGAAAGGAUUUCUCUGUCCUAACAGCACUUGAGAAAAACAGAUACUUUUUUAAAAUUGCUCGUUUAUGAAGUAUGUCACCUUCAAGAUUUUUUUUGAUUAAAGUCUCGAAGUUACUCUUCAUAAAGCGGGAACUAAUGCCUUAGUUGGACGUGUCUUCUGUUCACUUUUCUAAUUGCUGUGUCUCUUUGCAGAGACCUUACUCAAAGAACCUCAAGGGAAAGAAAUCUGUGUUCACAAAAGAAAAGGUGUAUGGCAGUGGUACACUUGUUUCUGAUUUGUCUUCAUAUCUAUCAUUGGAACUACAUUGGUAUCCAGAUGCCUCAACUGCUUAAUAAUGUUAAUAGUUCACUGUCAGGGUGUCCCAUUUUAUACCUCUUGCUUUCAAGCGCUUAUGACUUGGUUUUCAAUGCUCUUCAAUAAGAAGGCCUGGUCUAAACUUUCAAAUCGUUGUUUCAAAUUACAUAUUUUUCCAAACUUCUGUUGUGAGAAGGAGGAAUUUUUAUGGCACCUGCUUUUUUUUUAAUUCACUUUGUACACAGGAAUUUAAAUAAAUUGUGGCAGUAACACUAGCCCCCAGAAUUGGACUGAUGAAGAGAUUUGUAUCAUCUCACUCAAAAUGGCAACUUAUAGGCCUUGAAAAUUGGGUACACGUGCAGUGCCUACUCUUCACAGGCUUGCAAUAUGGAUAUAAUUGCAGCGCACCCUAGAUAUACAGUUAUAGCUGAUGAAUGCUUCUGAUUCACUGGGUACAUAAAAUCAUUAAAUGUAUGAAUAUAUAUAAAUGAUCAAAUAUCUUCAACCAAAACAGCCACUUUUCUGAAAAAAAAAGUAUUGAAUAUGUGGGGGAAACUCCAGCAAUUUAUGUGAAGGAGCAUAAUUGUGCAAUUCAUUUAACUCUUUAAAACUUCUAUCAAAGCAUUUAGGAUGUUGUCUGAAAUAAGGAUUCGCAGGAUCAUGGCCGCAUUCCCUAGUAGUCUUAUUCUUCUUCAGAAGAGCUGAGAUAGGGAUUCUAUCGUACUUAAAAUGUUGGAAAGCAGAAAAUGAAAAGUCCAACAGAAAUUCUCCUUUUUUUUUUCCAGUAUACACUGAUGUAAGAAAUAUUAUGUAUGACUAAUUUUUGGUGCUUUUGAGUCGGGUACCCAAUCUGAGACCUAGAGGAGAGCUCUGUCUUCAGAAAUAUUUAUCAGUUGAAAAUGAUUUCUGAAGCUGGACACCCAGCAGCUGGGGUAUCGAAGGUUACUAGUCACUUCUGAAAACGCUCAUCACUUACCAAGCUCUUAUUUUAGAUGAGGUGUAACUAACUGAGAUAGUUCCAAACGGCAAAAACGUUUGCUUGGGAAUUGAUUGUCCCAGUGCUUCAGAGUAAUUUAACUUAUUUUGUAUAUUGCAAAAGAUGUAUAUUGCUUAGUAUGACGCUUAAAAAAAGAUUGUGUACAGCUUCUGGGGAAAGAAUAGAACACUCUAAAGUAGAGAAGUUGUUUUUAUAAUUGAAUAUAUGGUAUAAAGGCUUCAGAUUUAACUGCAAUUAAAAGGAAGUAAGUCCUACAAUUUGGUUUUUUGACUAUCAUUUUGUAAAUGCUGGCACCCCACACCUGCUCUGAGGAGCAGGAGAUGGGGCAGGAUAGCAGUUGGAGGGGAAGCGUGCUUAAUUAGGCAUGCGUGUCCACGAAUAUAUCUGCUGUUGCUAUGUAUAACCCCAAAGGUUACUACCGAGAACUGGACGAUAGAGUCACUCUAUUCGCUCGGUUGGUUUACUUUGUGCACUUUGCAGCACUUUGUGUAUAGUCGGUCUCACUGGGUCCCCAGGUGCAGACAGAGUCACUUUCUCCUGCUGUGUGAAUGCUUGUUCAAGUUAACAGCAGGAGAUGGGGAGAGGAUGGAGGGAAGUGGAACAGAAAAAUGUGUAUGCAAACCCAUGCCAUUUGCAAGACAGGUCUGGGACAGGCCUAAAGACUACUUCAGACUUGCCCUUUAAAGACUAUUUCCAAUUGAAGGUCUCAGUUUAGGAGAGUCAUCCUGAUACCCUUCUUUUUUCAUCCUGACCUUCAAAGCAACAGGAAAAUCAGUGUGAGGUCUCCUUCCUUGAGGGAAUCGGUUAUGCUCCAUCAGUGCAAUGUGGAUGUGGGGAAAAUUAGGAUCAGUCCAUAGAGUAUUAUGACAAUGUUUUCCUCUGGGAAUGUUGGUCAGAGUCCACACAGUUUGCUUUGUUGUUUGUUCCUGUGUCCCACACAACUAAAUUGAUUAGUAAUGCUUAGAUUAGUCUGUCAGAACUUGACUUAAAUCAUUCUAUGGGUGAUAAAGUCCUUCUACUAAAACAGAUGAUAGGCCUAGUUACCAGUGCACCAUUUGUUAGUUAGAGCAGUUAAAAGUCCUUAAUAGAUACUAAUCUGCUACUCAAGUUAGUGGUAGAAAAGGAAAUCAAAUCAUAAAGCUAUACGCCUUGGUUAGUUUUCCAUCUCAUACUUGUUCUAAGGACUCUAAAUCUUGUACAGAAUCUUAUUCCUAUACUUUAUUCAUUAAAAUGGUACUCCGCUCCCUAACCCGCACUAUAAUGGUUUGUUGGAAAUGCCAGUGUGGUCACUAGUUCUUGCCUGUGUUUUACAGCUCUCUUACAGCCGCCAGGAGAUAGUAUGUGACCCAUCCAAAAGCAUAAUGUUACCGUUCUCGGUAUGCAGUCGUGGUAUGUUUGUUGUCCCAGGUGAAGCAGCAGAACAGUCACUCGCUGGCAGAAUGGUUUGUCCUCUAUGGUUUUGUGAGAAUUAGCUCAAACCUGCCAGAUAGGUCUCUUAAAAUUUAAGAUACACUUACAUGAAAUACAGUUUUGUCUUACUCCUGCGUGCUGUUUGUAUGUUUGCAGAGAAACCUUGAGUUCCUUAAAAAUGGUCUCCUUCACAGUUGGCCUCAUUUUGUUUUUCUUUCUCUAAACAGUUAGCGAAGUUCCACAAGCUGAUCUCUUUAGGUAGCUUUUAACCCUUGCAUUUCUUGAGUCCUGAUCUUUGGUUUUUCAAUCUCUCUUCAAUCAUGACUUGCCACAAUAUCAAAGGGAAGGACUGAGGGGGGACACACUGUGUGUGGGGGAGGGGGGGGAGACACAUUGAAAAAACUGGAAGUGUUAUUCUUGUUGCACAUAAAUCGCGUGGUGCUUUCACUGUCGUUUCCCCCUCACCAGUAACAUCACCUGCAUGUAAAACACGAUGCAUUAAAUCUUUAAAAUGGAAGUCAUGGUGGCCUCAGUGCUCAAAGGGUUAACUGCAGUUUAUUAACAGCUAAUGUUUUUAGAUUUGCAGUACACAACUGUUUAAAUACUGUAUUCCUUGUAAAUGAAGUAAAAAAAAAAAUGUUAAGGCUGGUGCCAAUAUUUUUGUUAAUGAAUUGUUCAGCGUUGUCUCUCACUACAGUCUGGUCAGAACUCUUUGUGUAUAAGCUGGGCCUGAAGCCAUUUUAUAGCUUAUAGGCCUAAUUGUGUAACUUUUCUUUCAUAAUGUUUUUGUUAUAAUAUCUACUGUCAUUUCUUUCAUAUAAAUAUGACAUGUAAAUUGUCAUAAUAAAA